UCGUUUUUUCACGCAGGCCCGUAGUCGCCACCACUGCUGCCGCAAGUCACCUGACUGCGGCAUCGGGUAGAAGCGCUUGUGGCGAAGCUUUCGUGUGCGAAUCUUUCUGCCCCGGCGCACGUCGAUUCAGUCACUUCAGAAUGACCAGCCAAAGCCAGGGGGUCCAGCAGCUCCUUGCCGCUGAGAAGAAAGCCUCGGAGAGAGUCGCCGAAGCCCGAAAACGCAAGGCCAAGCGUCUAAAGCAGGCCAAGGAUGAAGCCGAGGUUGAGAUCAACAGGUUCAAGGCCGAAAAGGAGCAGCAGUUCAAGGAGUAUGAAGCCAGGCAUAUGGGUUCCAAGGAGGACAUCGCAACCAAAAUUGAGGCCGAGACCCGCCAGAAGAUGAACGAGAUGAACCAGCUGGUGGCGCAACACAAGAAGGCGGUCAUUGAGAAACUGCUGAGCUUGGUCUAUGACAUCGACCCACAAGUGCACCGCAACUAUCGGCCUCCCGCUGCCCAGUGAGCAAGUCCUUCCCUCAUCUCAAGAGGGUUUCACUGCAUUCCUGUUGUGUGUGUCUACUUCAAGCUUUCCUUACCCAACUGGUCAGUCGUGUAUGCAGCAAAUAAAACAUUUAUUGUCACUGCCUGUCAA